GCGGGCGUUGGCGCCUGCGCGCUGGGGCGGAGCGGCGCCCAUUGUGCGGCGGCGGGGCGGCGGCGCGGCCCUUCGCGCCGCCAUGGAGCCGCAGCCGCCGGCCGCCAUGGACGGCGGCGGGGCGGGAGCGGCGGCGGCGGCGGCGGGGGGGCCCGCGGGCCUCUCGGCCUCGCAGCGCCGCGCCGAGCUGCGGCGGAGGAAGCUGCUGAUGAACUCGGAGGAGCGGAUCAACCGCAUCAUGGGCUUCCACCGGCCCGCGGCGGGCAAGGAUGAUGAAAGUCACACAGAAUCGAAACUUCAGCAUGAACAAGAUAAAUCAAACUCCCUUCCUGUUCCUUCGGUUUCCAAGCGCAUUGUGCUUGGCGAUUCUGUCUGUAAUUUGUCAGGAACGGCUGACCACGCAAGCAGCCUUGUAGACCUCAAAGGAGAUAAGAAGGACUUGUUCAGUAAGACUCCAGAGCUUGUCAACGAGGGCACGAGUGAGCUCCGUCACCGUAAUAGAGGGGAACUGUCAUCCGAUGCUGUGCCACGGCCACCUAGACAUGGAUUAGACCAAUACUUAUCCAGAUUCGAUGAAGCUCUGAAGCUGAGGAACCAGCUGAUGAAUGAGAAGCCAAGCCAAGAGAAUGGGAAUGCAGUGGAGGAGUUUGAUUCUUUCCGCAUUUUUAGAUUAGUGGGAUGCGCUCUGCUUGCCAUUGCAGUCAGGGCUUUUGUGUGCAAGUACUUGUCAAUAUUUGCACCAUUUCUUACUCUACAACUUGCCUACAUGGGACUGUCCAAGUACUUUCCAAAGUGUGAAAAGAAGGUAAAAACAACAGUACUGACUGCUGCUCUCUUACUGUCUGGAAUCCCUGCGGAAGUGAUUAGUCGCUCCAUGGACACCUACAGCAAAAUGGGAGAUGUUUUCACAGACCUUUGUGUCUAUUUCUUUACUUUUAUCUUCUGCCAUGAACUUUCUGUGUUUUUUGGUUCUGAAGUACCCUGAUGGCUGUAGAACUCAAUGCAAUAGUUACACUAAAGCUUUCCAGUCUGUAUUCCUUUAACAUCUGACUGUCCAACCAGGUUUAAACCUUAAUUAAAAUUCUUACCUGUUGGAAUGCUUGAAAGGAGCCUUAAAUCCAGUCAUUUUGGGAAUGGAAGAACAGGAUCCCAAGCUGCCAGUUGUAUUAGUACAGUUUAUUUAUAUACUGCGUCUAUCUAUUACAGAUGUGAAGAAUAGGAUGCAAGUGUCAGUAGAUGAUUUAUUUUGUUUAGUUAGAUGAUGCCCUUCUCACGCUCCUUCAUAAACACUUAUAAAGUUACAUUUGUUUUUUGUGAUGAGAACAGAAAGAAGGGAUUCACUUUCAGCAAAACCAUAUAUAUGUCCAGCAUGACUGUAGCUAAAAAGAACUGCUCAUUUUGUGUUACUCCCAUUUUUUUUAACGAAAGCUCUAAAUAAAAGAAAUCCCUGGAUUCUGUUGUUCCAGUUCAGAAUGCCGAACCAAGCAGCUGCUUCUGGAGAGUGUUGGUGAAACAUGCCACUUCAUUGUUCAAAUCCUUGCCUUGCUAUAAAUUAUUUGUUGUGAUUGUGAUGAAUUUGAUGAUUCUAGUGCAAAACAGCUAAGCAAAAAAAAAAAAAAAUCCUGUUGGUCUGCAAGUGUCAUCAAUCAAAAGUAGGAAGAAACAAAAUUGUUAAUCUCAACUGUUUGUGAGUUUCCGGCAGCCUGUUAAUCCUAGUGUAGCUCAUACCUGUGCUUUCAUUCUGACCCCCCCGUCCUUUUUUCUUUUAGCAAUAGUUUGCCUCAUGCAAGGAAAGAUGUAUAUAUUGGCAACCAACCCACAGUAUAAAACAUUUGCUCCAGUUUAUGUAAAAAAUACAAGGGAACUGUUGUUUUUCUAGCUCCUUGCAGGAUUGCAUUAGACAAUUUUGAAUGUGACAUUCAUUUCUGUAUUUUUUCUCUGUUUAUUACUAGACAUUUGCAUGUAAAGGGGAUCUCAGUUGCCUGGGAGUUUUGCUCCUGCUGCUUAAUGGUAGCACUACCCAACAGCAUAUAGUCUUUGAUUCAGCAGAGAUACUUACAUGUUAACUGAUUUGCUAUCUUCUGUGCUGUGUUUUUGAGAUUCUCCCAGUUGCAUCAAAAUAGCCAUUCCUGUUUAAAUACUAAAUACUACAAGUGACAAUGAAAUAAAAUAUCUUAUUGCUUUGUUA